CGCGGUGUCAGCGCCGCCCGCCGGGUCCCCGCGAGGCGCUCCCGGCUGGUGUGGACUCUGCCCCGGCGGCCGCCCCGCGACUCGGAGCGAUCGGACCCUGGCGGCGGCGGCCCGCGCCCCGCGGCAUGAGUCGGUGACCGAGAGGGAGGCAGCCGUGGCCGAGGCGCGGAGGACAGGCGGGGCGUCAGCAUGUGCGCCUCGGUCAAGCACAGCAGCCGGGGUCCCGCCCUCAUCCCGAGGAUGAAGACCAAGCACCGCAUCUACUACGUGGCGCUCUUCUCCGUGGUGCUGCUGGGGCUGCUGGCCACGGGCGUCUUCCAGUUCUGGCCACACUCCAUCGAGGCCUCCGGCGACUGGGCGGUGGAGAAGCGCAGCGCGGCAGUGCCCGUGGUCAGACUGCCCAGAGACAGCCCGGUGCCCGAGCGCGGCGACCUCAGCUGCAGGAUGCACACCUGCUUCGACGUCUACCGCUGCGGCUUCAACCCCAAGAACAAGAUCAAGGUGUACAUCUACUCGCUGAAGAAGUAUGUGGACGAGCUCGGUGCGCCGGUCAGCAGCACCAUCUCUCGGGAGUAUAAUGAGCUGCUUGCGGCCAUCGCGGACAGCGACUACUACACCGAUGACAUCAGCCGUGCCUGCCUGUUUGUACCGUCCAUCGACCUGCUGAGCCAGCAUGCGCUGCGCAUCCGGGAGACUGCACAGGCCCUGGCACAGCUCUCCAGGUGGGAUCGAGGUACAAAUCAUCUGUUAUUCAACAUGCUGCCCGGAGGUCCCCCAGAUUACAACACUGCCCUGGAUGUCCCCCGAGAUAGGGCGCUCUUGGCUGGUGGUGGCUUCUCUACGUGGACUUACCGGCAAGGUUACGACGUCAGCAUUCCCGUCUACAGCCCGCUGUCUGCGGAGGUGGCUCUCCCGGAGAAAGGGCCAGGUCCCCGGCGAUACUUCCUCCUGUCCUCGCAGAUGGCCAUCCAUCCUGAGUACAGAGAGGAGAUUGAAGCCCUGCAGGCCAAACAUGGAGAGGCCGUGCUGGUCCUGGACAAGUGCACCAACCUCUCUGAGGGCGUCCUUUCCAUCCGCAAGCGCUGCCACAAGCACCAGGUCUUCGAUUACCCCCAGGUGCUGCAGGAGGCGACUUUCUGUGUGGUCCUGCGCGGAGCUCGGCUGGGCCAGGCGGCCCUGAGUGAUGUGUUGCAGGCUGGCUGUGUCCCGGUUAUCAUUGCAGAUUCCUACAUCCUGCCUUUCUCUGAAGUCCUUGACUGGAAGAGGGCAUCCGUGGUGGUACCGGAAGAGAAGAUCGCGGACGUGUACAGUAUCCUGCAGAGCAUCCCGCGAAGACAGAUGGAAGAGAUGCAGAGACAGGCGCGCUGGUUCUGGGAAGCGUACUUCCAGUCCAUCAAAGCCAUAGCCCUGGCCACGCUGCAGAUCAUCAAUGACCGCAUCUACCCGUACGCUGCCAUCUCCUACGAAGAGUGGAACGACCCUCCGGCAGUGAAGUGGAGCAGUGUGAGCAACCCGCUCUUCCUCCCGCUCAUCCCACCGCAGUCGCAAGGCUUCACCGCCAUCGUCCUCACCUACGACCGAGUGGAGAGCCUCUUCCGGGUCAUCACUGAGGUGUCCAAGGUGCCCAGUCUGUCCAAGCUGCUGGUCGUCUGGAAUAAUCAGAAUAAAAACCCUCCGGAAGAUUCUCUUUGGCCCAAAAUCCGGGUCCCAUUAAAAGUCGUGAGGACCGCUGAAAACAAGCUGAGCAACCGCUUCUUCCCUUACGAUGAAAUCGAGACCGAGGCCGUGCUGGCCAUCGACGACGACAUCAUCAUGCUGACCUCCGACGAGCUGCAGUUUGGCUACGAGGUCUGGCGGGAAUUUCCUGAUCGGUUGGUGGGCUACCCGGGCCGCCUGCAUCUCUGGGACCAUGAGAUGAAUAAGUGGAAAUACGAGUCGGAGUGGACUAAUGAGGUGUCCAUGGUGCUCACGGGAGCAGCUUUUUACCACAAGUAUUUUAACUACCUGUACACCUACAAAAUGCCUGGGGAUAUCAAGAACUGGGUGGAUGCACACAUGAACUGUGAGGACAUUGCCAUGAACUUCCUGGUAGCUAAUGUCACAGGCAAAGCUGUCAUCAAGGUGACCCCACGGAAGAAAUUCAAGUGUCCAGAGUGUACGGCCAUCGAUGGGCUUUCGCUGGACCAGACACACAUGGUGGAGAGGUCUGAGUGCAUCAACAAGUUCGCUUCGGUCUUUGGGACGAUGCCUCUCAAGGUGGUGGAGCACAGAGCAGACCCCGUGCUGUACAAGGACGACUUUCCUGAGAAGCUCAAGAGUUUCCCCAACAUCGGCAGCUUGUGACACGCAGGGGUCCAGGCGGGCACUGGGCAGGAAGAGGCCAGGGCCCCCAGCACUCGUCAUGAGAUGGCGGUAGAAGGUUGACAGACCGGGUGCCCACUGGUACCCAUCUGACCCCUCCUCCAGAAGGACGGGGAGCCCCCGAGGCACGCAGCAGCUCCGCUGUGGGCUCCCGAAGUCACCAAGCAGAAGGAAGCCACUGCGGCACCCUGUGGUCACCCUGUGCUCCCUCGUUUUAUAUCACUGAGUGGAGGAGCAGGUCCGAUCUCUCUCUGCCUUAGGGCCGUGGCACUGGGUGCCCAGCAGUCGGUCCCUCAGCCACUCCUCUGGGGUGGCAUUUUGAUAUGAUUAAAAUUAUUUUUUAUUCCUUU